UGUGCAACAAGUCCAGUGGUGAAAUUUCCUGGCUCCUAAAUAUUCCACAGUCAACUGUCAGUGGUAUUAUAACAAAGUGGAAGCCAUUUGGAACGACAGCGCUGAGUUUCUAUAAUGUUAGAAUCAAUCUUUUAGUGAAGAUGGUGCUAAUCUCUGCUGCCAUCCAGCCAUGCUGCCUGCGUGACCACCAGGUGAGGAGAUUGCCAAAGAGGAAGUGACCUUGUGCACCGGAUAUUCAUGGAUUGUGGGAUGAGCUCGAAUUGGCUAAUUAGUUAUGGAUUGGGGUGCGGUCUGAACGUUUGUAAACAAAACAAACAGUUUAAGGAAAUAAAAUAAAUUUGAGGAAGAAAAUAAAUAAAUAAAUAACCAGUUUGUCAUGGGAACAAGGUCACUCCUGCAGGCAGGCAGGAUGGCUCAAUGUAUAUACUAGUUCAUUUAAAUUGAUUCACUGGGUUACAAAAGCACACCGCCGCUGGACUCUAGAGCAGUGGAGACGCCUUCUCUGGAGUGACCAAUCACUCUUCUCCAUCUGGUAAUCUGAUGGACGAGUCUGGGUUUGGCAGUUGCCAGGAGAAUGGUACUUGUCUGACUGUAUUGUGCCAAGUGUAAAGUUUGGUGGAGGGGGGACAGGGUACCACACCCUUAGCUCUGCCUUCCCCACCCUAUUGGUAAGCUUGCUCUCUCUCUCUAACCUGUCUCAUUUCCGCCCUUUAUUUACUCUUAGUCAUGUGUAAUGUUUGUACUAUAACUGUUGCUCUGUAAUCACGAGUGGUGUUAAAGAAAGUAGUAUCAGCAUCGUCACUACCUGGAGCUUGCAUGUACGGAGCCUGGGUCUGUUGAAGGUGGCAUGCUGUUGAGGCUGUGUGGGCCAUGUGGUAAGAUAGGUAAGAUGAUGUCUGCGUGUUGGCAUGGUGGGGGGUGGCUCUGGGAUGCUGGAGAUCACUGUUCAGCCCUCUGGAGGUGUUGUGGGACUAACUGGACGAAACAGUGACGAAGGAGAGUUCCCACUUGACAACCCUGGUGAAGCGCAGGUUUCUUACUACCCAUCAGUCUGCACGGUUGACUUGGAGGGGCAAAUAGUAAUGAUUAGGGAUUUCUUUACUGAGCGCUGAUCCUUUUUAUAGCGCACAAGUUUCUUGUAUUUUUUUCAGAAUCUGUGUACAAGCGUAGGACUUGCUGUAGUUUAUUAACACCUUAGAAUUGGAGAAUAAUUAUGUCAUCAGCAUAUCAGUUUCUCCAAGAGAAAAUCAUUGGACAUUAAACAUGGAAUUGCUUUUGCUUAUUGCCAUCACUGAGUUGUACAUUUGCACAGCUGAGGUGUCACUGUUACUUACUGCCUGAUCCAGAUAUCUUCAACAAGUUCCUUGGGAUUUGUUGCUAUCCGACAGAACUCAAUCCACUGGCUCUUUGCUGAGUCGAACAGGAUUUGAAAAACUGGACUAUCAAUGUAACCUAUGAUGAAGUUCCACCUUCCAAAACUGCAGAGAAACGUCAUAAGGUUUGAGUCAGAGACACUCCAGUGUGCAUGACAAGAUCAGCUCCAUACUUAGAUACUAAACUAACUCUUACCUAAAAUGCAGGCAAGAAGUAGAGGAGGCUUACUGGUUCAAAAGUUGAAUGAGGUGUGACCAGAGAUCUACAUUCGUCCAAAGUCUGAGCAGAGCUGCUGGAACAACCCAAGCGUCAGGAAAAAGGUGGACCAGCUUCAUGAUGCUGCAGAUGGCAAACUCCAAAGUGAGUGAGAGAAAAGACCACAACGGAAGCUUUUGUAAAAUUCCUCCCAAAAAUUAUAAAUAAAUUCCUUUCCAAAAAAUACAAAACAUUUCUCAAAUUUACACAAAAUGCCUGCAAAUUUCCAGAGAAACCUUCCCUGGAAAAAAAACAAAUUCCCAUGAAAAUACCUAAAAAUUUCACUGCAUAAAAAAAUCCAAUGAAUAUCUCUAAAAUCUAGGGGAAAAAUCAGUUAAAACAGUGGAAAAUUGCUAAGAAAUAUUCCAAAAAUAUCCACGAAAUGGCACGGUAAAAAAUCCUGAUAUUUCAAGAUAAUUACUAAAACUAGUCGAAUUUUGAGGCCUUACCAACAAUAAGACAUCUCCAUAAAAAGGAACAAGAGACUUGGGAACGACAUGCACGAAAGGAUCCACAAGACUUGAACCCUGCAGCCAUGCUUCACCAUCCUUGAGGAAGCUGAAGAAGCAGUCGUACUUACCUGAAGUCAGUGAGUCCAUGAGUGUGAGUUUGGGAUUUAGCCCAUUUAACACAAUGGAAGGCUGAAAAAGGCGUUUUCAUCCAACUUCAUGUAACUAUUACACAUAACUGAAUUGUCUCUGACUCUUUUAAAUUAGUUCCAGAUGAAUAUUUUUAAAGACAUCUAAAAAUGACCUUACUUCACAUUGAACACUGUCCUGCAGUUACUUGUGUGUGCACUUUGAGUAUUUCUCUGUGUGUGUGGGCAACCAAGGGUAAUUCAACAAAUCUGCAAAUAUUGGUUGUACAAACCAAACAGUGUCCUCAAAACAUCCUUGAAACCAAAACCUAAGAUGUCCUUUUAACCACAGGAGAGACAAGGUUAAGGUGCAACUCAGCUUACCCAGCUUACCCUCCUCUGGGCUGACAGGAUCAUGUCAGAUCCCAUAGACAUGGAGGUGUUGACAAAAGAGAGAAAAAUGUUUUUUAGAAGAAGAAAAUGGAGAAUGAAUAAUAAAAUCCUGAGGCAGUGAAUCAGAAGGUAAUGACUAGUUUGUCUGAGGUCAAAGAGCGAUCUAAUCUCUGCUCUCUUUAAGCCCAUUUGCUAUAAAGCUAAUGCAUGGGGGUAGAAUGGAUUUUAGCCUUGAGCACCAAAUUAUUGCCAGCUCUUCAUGUUAAACAAAAGCAAUAACGUACACAUGCCAAUAGCUUAAAAAAAUACUUGUUUUAUUUUUCUAAAAAUUUCUUUGGGGGUCACGGUUGUGCUGGAGCCUAACCCAGCUGUCAUUGGGCGAGAGGCGGGGUCGCCAGUCAAUCACAGGGCUGACAUAUAGAGACAGAAAACCAGGCACCCUCACACUUAUGGACAAUUUAGAGUCACCAAUUAAGUCUCCUCUGAGGCUGUUAAAAUUAGGUUCACUCAAACUACCUAAAAUCAUGAUAAAACCCUUAUGAAUGGGAUUAAUCCAGAUUAAAAAAGUAAUCUUUUGACAGCCCUGAUAUUAUCAAUUCUCCAAGUUAAAUCUUAAUUGAAGAUAAAUCGGACCAAAAGAUGAAAAAAAGGAAACACGGCAUUGGAGGUACUUCCCUGUUGUUGAUAUGAAUGGUGGCAUGCAUUCAGAGUUUAUGGCUCAUAAUCAAUGCCAUGGAGGGAAUCACACGAGCAAAGGUGGAGGUAAGGCCAUGGGUCAGUGUUGACGAGUCAGCCAGUUCAAUAAUGAACUAAAUUAUCUGUAUGUGUGUGUACUGGGAAGCCAAGGCCAAGUUAAAAUUUGUCUGUGUUCACCUCAGCAGAGUGGAGAACAUUAGGAGGGACAUUACAACAGCUUCACAGUCAGUCAGGGACAGUCACACAAUGAAAAGGCUUCACACAACUUCUAUCACUCUCUAGAUUUAAAAUACAGAUUAAAGUGGUUCAAAUCAAGACGAGUGGGAACGUUGUUUCAUACGCUGGGGUGUCAACCUGCGCUCUUUUUGGACAGAAGUCUGGAGGUGAACUUUCAUAAGUAUGACUUUAAAUACUGAUCCACGUCCAGCUGUUUGUCUGCUGGGACAAAAGGCUGCAAAGCUAAAGACAAGACAAGUCAGAAAGAGUGGCUUUAGCCGUUAUAGCUGCCAUAAUGUACAAAUCAAACUGAGUGUUUUCAUCUCCUGGGUAUGGAGGGAAUAGCUGAUAUGUUCAAUGGCCCCAGUUGGAUUCAGGCCAAGAAUUUGAACUGAAAUAAGGUCAGAUCAAUUCUGAAAAAUCAUCUUAGCAAGCCUGUGUCUGCCCUGCAUGACACAUGAUCCAAAGAAGUGCUUGGGUAAAUAGAGAACGUGACAACACUUGGGAUUGUAUAAGCCCCCUCACUUCUAUAAAAGCCCAGUGGCUCUGUGAGGAGCAGACAUUCAGCUUUGAGAGAGAAAAGCUACCUGUCUGCUGUUUUCUCCCUGUCAGAAUCUGAAGCUAAGCCACUGCAGCAUCAUGAAUCUGGCCUUCAGCGCUCUUUUCCUGAUCCUUGGCUCCUUCCUGAGCAGCUCUGCUACCAGUGUUGAAGAAUGCAGAGCUCUGGUCACCCCUCUGUCCACUUUUGAACCGCAACUGGGAAGGUGGAACUUCGUUUUGGGCUUCAUUGAUAGUAAACCACAUCAAGUAUUGUUCAAGACCACCCAGACCCAGUGGAUUGAGUACGUCAAAACUGGAUCUGAUUCACAACCAGAAUAUCAACAGCUAAUUGGGAUCAAGCAUACUACAUACUGCAAGUACGGAACUUUCCCCAUGACUUUUCAUUCCAACUCCGCCGUAAUGGACAAGUCCAACUUCACCUGCACAUACCAGUCUCUGCCAACCUGUGAAGACUGUCUGCUCUACCUUAUUAACGCCAGAAACAACGACAUCAUAGUCAACAGUAUGGACAAUCCGGACCCUCAAACCAUUUCACAGGUCAAACACUAUCGGGCGUUCUACAUGAUGACCAAAGGAAACAGCAUCAAGCACUCAGACUUUUUGCAUGCCAUGAAGCAGGCAAGAUGUCUGGGUUUCACAGGAGAACCCGACUUCGUCCUGGACCCCGCCAGUGAGUACUGCGAGAAACAAGGUUAACGACAAUGAUGACGACUAGGCCAUCUUGAGCUAAAGUCAGCCUGAAAUGUUGAAGUAAAGAAAUAAACCGACUUUCCAC